CUGGAACGGCUCAAAAGAUUUGCUGAAUGGCCUCCCCUGCCCUUGCUUUUUUGCAGGGGGACGAAGCAGCCCAAUCUGUUGUGGCUUCUGCUCCUUGGCAACCCAACAAAAUCUUCACCAGAAGGAGGCGCUAUGCAAUCAACCCUCUAGGCUACAAAUGGGACCAUGUGAAUCUGACCUACAAGAUUGUACAGUUCCCCAGCACCCUCAACAAGGCGGACACCGAGCGAGCCAUAGUGAGCGCCUUUCGCAUGUGGAGCGAUGUUUCUCCCCUCAGCUUCCGGCGCUUGGCCCCUACCCAGCUGGCAGACAUCACUAUAGGUUUCUACACGUUCAACCACACCGACUGCUGGCUCUCCCCGCUGCACCCAUGCUUCGAUGGGCUCAACGGGGAGCUGGCCCAUGCCUUCCUCCCUCCCCGCGGCGAGAUCCACUUCGACAAUCAUGAAUUUUGGAUUCUGGGACGCUCCCGCUUCAGCUGGAAGCAAGGCGUCUGGCUGAAUGACCUGGUGCAAGUAGCAGCUCACGAGAUUGGCCAUGCCCUGGGGCUCUGGCACUCCCGGGACGCCCGCGCCCUCAUGCACCCCAACGCCACCUACAGUAGGACGUGGCGCAUCGGCCAGGACGACGUCUGGGCCAUACAGCGGCUGUACGGCUGUGUGGAUGAGAAGAGGCAGUGCCAGCUGUGGGCCAAAAAGGGCUUCUGCACACACCAACGGCGAGCCUUCAUGAAGAAGCACUGCCCCAGGAUCUGUAAUGCCUGCUUUGAGCACCCCACGGCCACCACCGCCUCCUCCCUGCCUGUUCGGCCGCCGCGCGUUCACACCAGAUACAUCUCCAAGGGCAAAGUCAUCACCUUCCGCUGUGGACUGAACUCUUCCAGGCUGCACUUGCAAGCCAGCUGGUAUAAAGAUGGGGAGCCGCUCUCUCACUCGCUGCCGGGCUUCGAAUUGCUGCCCAGCCAGGAUUUGCGAGUCGUCGCCAAUGAGUUCAGCGAAGGGAGGUACGCCUGUUUGAUCCGCCACGGCAGCAGGACUCUCCGGGUUAAUUCCUGGCAGAUAAAGCUCAAGCCCAGAAGUCCUUUGCCUCCCAUGAUGGGCGCACGGGGGAGAGCAUGAACAGGAGCAGAAUUGUGUGAG